AUGGCCACCCCGCGCAUCUAUCCCUGUGAGUUAAUCUGGCUGGGGACCGAGGGGUACGAGGAAUGCGAGCGUAAACCAAGCGAGCUGCUACCAUGGCAAGAGAACACAGCCUACGAGGCCCUGCAGCCAGCCGUAACUGAGCCCGGCAGACCAUCUGGCUCGCGACGACCACCACCGACCAUGAUGCAGACGGCGACCGCCUGGCUGCGCGACAUGACGCUGGUCAAAGUCAUCAUCAUAAUCUACUGUCUCAACGUUGUGGCGUGGGGCGGCAUGAUCUUCUUGCUGCUCUGCAACGCCGCGCCCGCCAUGUGCCACCCGACUUGCAACGACAUCAACUCGCCGCGCCGCAUAUGGAUAGAGAUCGACUCCCAGAUUCUGAACGCCCUCUUCUGCGUCAUGGCAUUUGGCCUGGCGCCCCAGCGCGCCCGCGACGCCUGGCGUCUCAUCCAACACCACUUCGCCCACGACCCCUUGGCCCUGCGCCGCCUCGCCGCCUCCUACCGCUCGUGGUUUCGCCUGCCCGGCUCGCAGGAGCUCCCCGGCGAUCUCGGGCCCGACGAAGUCGACGAUUGGCUCUCCAAGGGCGGUGCACUGGCGGUGGUACCCCAUCCCGCCCGGUCUAUCCCGGAUGCGCCCUACUCCGGGCUGCGCGCGUCGCCGACGGCGCUGUGGAAGCUGGCAACCAUCAUUGGAUUGAACGUCAUGAAUACCGUCUUCCAGGCUGUGCUGUCAGGGUUCAUGUGGGGCUACAACAGACAUACGCGGCCGCAGUGGGCUGUGCCUCUGUUCCUCUGCUCGGCCUUUGGCGUGUCGAUUGCUGCUGGCGUUAUGGGAGGUCUUGAGGGAAAACGUGUGAAGAAGGUGGAACAAGUGGUGGCGACGCCAGAAUCCUCAUGA